AAGAGGAAGCAGCAGACGCUUCCUGCUGUGGCCCAUGUACGCGAGCGUCGGUUGAGCUUAGCCCUUUUCACUCGGUGCUGGUGGAAAGUAACUGAAGUUCAUGCACCGUUUCUCCAAGAGAGGGGCCAGCGUUCUUCAAGCAUACGACCGACUCACGACGCCCAGCUAAAGCAAUCCGCCUCCUUAGCAAUUGCUUGCGGAUCCUGUUUGUUUCCCGACUUCCGUCUGGUUCAGAUGUACUCGUGGCCUCGCGAUGCCCCCUCGUGGCCGAAAAUAAAACGAAUGCACUUAAAAGAACGAUUGGGUUCUGCUCGGGUAAUACGAGUAAUCACAACGGAGAGUUACCCCGCUCGCCUCUUUCAGGUUCUCCAAAUAAAAGCAACAUUCCUCGGGCUGCGAAGAGAACCCUUCGGCUGACUUGGAGAUUUCCCCACCCAAGUUAUGUUAAAUGGAAGACGAUAUUAACCGCCCAGGACAGAACAACGAUGGAGCAGCCUUUACUUGUUGACAUACGGCCUGCUGCUUUCCUACUUGGCUUUCAGGACCCCACGAGAAGGGGGGUCUAAAAAGAAGGAAACCUCCCCUCGGGAAGCGAUUGGAAAAUCUGGAUUGCGAAAAAACUCACCCCGGAUAGUGGCAAGAUUUGCUUCUGCUCUGAUGAUCCUACGCUCCGGGUUUUGCCCGAGGACCAGGGCACCGAAACAGGGGAGUCCAGCGGAAGAAAGAGGACCCGCGACUGCUUAAGAAAAGCAGGGAGCGGAUAAAGCCGAAGCUAACGUCGUUCUCGGUAGUUGGGUGAACAAGAUAUUACUACAAUGAAACUCAAUGAACGUAGUGUGGUACAUUAUGCCACAUGUGACUCUCCAGCCGAUCAUACUGGUUUUCUGCGCAAGAGAAUGGAGCGCCAUCACCACAACCAUCACGUCCCCUCUUACCAGCGCCGCUGGUUCAUUCUCAAGGGCAACUUGCUGUUCUACUUUGAAGAGCGGGAGAGCAGUGACCCUCUGGGUCUCAUUGUGUUAGAGGGCUGCACGGUGGAACUAUGCGAAGCUGCUGAGGAAUUUGCUUUUGCCAUCCGCUUUGAUAGCAGUGGUGGCAAAUCGUACGUGUUGGUUGCCGACUGCCAAGUUGCCAUGGAGGCUUGGGUGAAGGCACUGUCACUGGCCAGCUUUGAUUAUAUGAGGCUAGUAGUCAAGGAACUAGAGAAACAGCUAGAAGAGGCUCAGAGGAGCUUAGCUGCUAGCCAUAAAUCACCAAAGAAACUCUCUUCUGGCCGCAAAAGGCAUUUAUCAAAUCCCAUGAUGAUAUCCAUUCAAGAGCAUCCUAUCGUCUUGGAAAAUGGUUACUCCACAUGGGACAAUAGUUGCACCCUUGCAGAAAUGGCAUGUUCUGAUUUCAGUGGAGGAUUUCUGAAGCCCCCACCUUUACCCCCUCGUCGAAAACUGACAGGCAGUGCUGGAGGUGGAACAUUUUUGGCGGGGUCUGCCUCUGCCACACAGGAAAGUCCAGUAUCUCCAGAGACUGCCUGCUUCUCAAAGUUGCAUAAUUGGUACGGUCAGGAAAUUGCAAAGGUGAGAAGAGAGUGGAUGGAAAGAAAGAAGACAGUAGAAAUAGGAACACACUGAAGAAAAUACAUUUUGCAGGAGUGAGAGAAAUGGACAUUAAGGUAGGUUUCUGCAGGCCUCUUGAACCACUUAUAGAAUCAUAUGGCUGGAAAGGACCUUGGUGGAGGGAGGGUCUUAUAGUCCAACACCCUGCCCAAGGCAGGAGUCCUUAUUUUACUUGCAGGUUUUACUCCUAGUUUAUAAAAUCUAAGGAACACCAUUAUUGCAUCUUCCAGACUGGAUGAUUAAUUAAAAUCUGCUUUCUAUUAUUUAUUGCUACUACAUGUUAUUGCCAAGAAUUUUAAAAACACUAUAUUUGUAAUUAUACACCAUUCAGAAUUCAAGAAGAUAUUUCUAAGAAAUUGUUGUAUCAGCUCAAAAGAGAGUUCCAGACCUUUAUUUCAGAAAAUCUACUUGAUGCAAGAGAAGAACCCACGUGUCAUUUCUUCCUUUUUGCUCCAUGUAAUAUUACUAAGUGUAUUUCAUCUGUAUAUUGCAGCUAUUUUGACAGAUGCUGGAACAGUAUAGUAGUGUAGAAAAAACAGAUCAUACAAUUUACACAUUAUAUUUUAAUUAUAGGCAUUUCAUAUACUUUAGAUUUUCAUGCAGAUGAGGACAAAGCUGUGAAAAGUUGCUUCCCUAAGAGCAUCUCAAGAAUUUAUAGUCAAUGUAUAUAUAUUUUUAUUCAAGAACUUCCAUCUUGUGGAGUCAAAUGCAACUCUGGGUAUGCCUUCAGCUGACCUUACUUGUGUUUUUUCUAUCUUUUGGAACUGAAUCUUCAUAUAUAGACAUUGAAUUUAAACAGUUUGUUGGCGCUGAAAAAAAUGACAUAUGACUGUUUUUCACACCAACCCCAUUGCAGUAUCCCCAAUGGCUACAUUAUCAAAAUUCAGACACUUGGCAACUGACUCAUAUUUAUGACGGUUCCAGGAUCCGGGGUCACAUGUUCACCUUUUGUGAUAAGCAAAGUCAAUGGGGAAGCAAGAUUCACUUAACAAACACAUUACUAACUUAACAACUGCAAUGAUUCACUUAACUGUGGCAAACAAGGUUGUACAAUAGGGCAAAACUAAUUUAACAACUGUCUUGCUUAACCAAAAUUUUGGGUCAAUUGUGGUCAUAAGUCAAGGACUACGUAUACUAACACAAAAGGCAGAAAAAGCACAAAUAAGGUUACCCAAGCAACACAAUAACAGCAGCUGCUCUCAAAUUGUUAAUGUAAUGUGUGAUAAUUUAAUCAUCCUCGGUAUCACUUUUAUACAAUAGUUUCCUAAGACUGGACUAAAGCUAUAUUUGUUGCUUUUGAUACUUUGUUUUAGUUCCAUUCAUAAUAUUGCUACAGAUUAUUGGCAAAAAUUCAUCCAAAGCAAUCUUACAUAAUUUCAUGUGAAUAGGAGUUUAAUUUCAUGUUCAGCAUUCAUAAUCUUAUCUAUUAUUCUACUGCUUUCUGAUAUAUAACAUAACUAUUGAAUUAAAACAAUUAUUUAUUCCCUUGCAGAUUAAUACAGCAUUAGUAAUAGCCAAUAGUUAUAUACUUACAGGUAGUUUAUUGGUCAUUUGCAAUAAUCUAAUUAAGAUUAUUAUUUCAGAAAGGAAAAUAAUUAACUUGACGGCUCAGUAUGAUAAAACUAAAUUGCUAUGAUACAUGCUAGGCAAAUUAAGUUUGGGGAAUUGUAUGAAUUACAUUGUGAUUGACGUAUACCUGGUUCCAGAUUUUUCCGCCAGUAGUUUUGAUCACAAUAACACUGUUAUUAGUAGUUUAAAAAAAUCAUGCUAACUUGUAUAAUAAAGCUAAUAACCUCCUAUAACAUUCCGGUAAUGUUAUAUUACAUAUACAUUGUAUGUUAUUUUAAAUAAAAUGUGUUUUAUAAAUUGCAUUUUACCUAAAUAGUACAAUACUAUUUCAUAAUUUGUGGCUCAAACUUAAUGAUUAAUUUUUAAAAGCAGUGUACACUUACUUUAUACUUUCCAGAAGGGAGUCUAUCUUAAGCCAAAGAAAAUUAUGUGACAUUGGAAACAAAUUUACGAAUUGCACAGAUUUUCAUGAAUCAUGUAUUACUUUAUUUACACAAAAAUAUGAAAUAAUAAAAUGUGUUGGUUUUUAAA